GGUCUACAUAAAUUCUUUUCGAUUUCAUUAUCAUUUCUUUUAUUACUGACAUAAGGAUUUAAUUAUAUCCACAUUUUUCCACACAUACACAUGGAUCGGAAUUUAAUCAAAUUCGUAGUUUCUCAGUUCCGAAGAUAAUAUCGGCACUCAUAGAAAGUAUGAUAUAAGUGACAGCGGUGUCACAGAAAAUAAAUCUGAUAAAAAUGACGUGGUGAAGAUACGCUUAUCGUUUGACGAAAGCGUCGAGGGAGUUACAAGCUUGUUCUUAAUAUAUUAUACUGUUGUGACGUGAUAAAGAAGUAGAAUGGAGGAAAGCACAAGUCCAGAAAAUGUAUGGCAUAAAAGCAAACCUGAGGAGCAAAAUGAAUUGUUCCAUGGGGAGUCUACAACUGCGUCUGUAGAUGCUAAUUCUACAUCAUUAGCUGAUAUAUUUGAUACAGCAUUUACCUCAACAGUUGAUCCAUCUCCGCAAUCUCGAUUUCCUCCAGGUAAUGAAAUGGAUUAUGAGCAUUUAUUUGCAGAAAGUGAUAUUGAAGAAUCAGAUGUAACAGCUAUAGGUCCUUAUACAAAUCCAACUCAUCCUACUGCUUCCGAGAAUAAUUUUGUUUAUGGGAAUUAUUUAACACAACCAGACACAACAGGUGAUUCACAGGAAUACUGGCAAACUGAUGUUUUGAAUUGUAACAUGUGCCAAAAUAGACAAGAAAGAAACUCCAAAAAGGAGCCUCAUGCACGGCAAUUGAACAAUUCAUGCGAGGAAAGAAUGUGUGAUAAUUAUAAAAGAAAGAAAGUUUUGCAUGAACGUGAUGUACCAGUCAAACAUAAAACAAAAAGAAAUGAAGAACAGAAGUUAUUAAGCGGUCAACAACCAGAUAGCUUGAGUAUAGCUGGACCAUCUAGGUUGUCUGAUUACUCUACUUCAAAUAGCAUAACAAGAUCAAUGGAAAACACAAAUGGUUUACAAAAUCUAGGAAGUGACAAUACCAAUGAGUCUGGUAGCUUGUAUCAUCCAGUUAUAUCAAAUAUGAUAACUCCUCAAGAGGUGCAUUCAGUACAUGCAACUCAAAAUGAUGAUACACCAUCAGCACCAGAUUUGCAAUUAGAUUGGUCCUCCAGUAGUGAUAGUGAUGACGAGGAUGGCUCAGUCGAAGUGCUUGGAACUGUUAAUCAUAAUGCCAAGAAUUCGUUAGAAAAUACAAGUGGAGAGAAUCGCACAGUGACUGUAGUUGAUUUGACUGUAGAAUCUGAUGAAGAACACACGCCAACAUCUACGCCAACAAAUCCAGUAUCCAAUCCAUGGUCUGUUACAUAUGAUCUUAAUCAUAGAAAUAAUGCACAUUGUAUGCAUGGAUCACCAGAUUAUAGAAAUCAUGUGUAUCACAACAGACAUGCCUAUCACAAUCAUAGAAUGUCUGUUUUACAUCCAUCUGUUUACGGAUCAAUAACAGAUGCAUCUACAAAUAUAACAAGACCACGCAUGCAUCCUGUACAGGAAAGAUUGUGGAUGAAUCAACAACGUAUGCAAGAAGUGCAUAGGCGUAGACUCUACCAUAGAUCUUCGUCGCAUCAUACUGCGGGACCAUGCAACGCACAUGUGCACUCGUCGACGCAACAUACAUGUGGAGGAGGAAACAGCAGUCCCUCGAACGCACGAUGCAGCGGAACGGAAAAUACAGCGUAUACGGAGAAUUAUUUGCCACCUCCUAUUUUACCACCGCCACAACAACCUACUGUCUACAGUCAUCCUGAAGCUCGUGGACCACCUAGUUUUGGAUCACCAUGCCCUGUGCUGCCUAUAAUCGUAAAUCCAUUGAAUGGCAUAGAAGAGAUGGAACCGUCUCCUUCGGUGAUACUACCCUCGAUGCCGGUUCAUCAACACGUACAUCAUCAUAUGUAUCAUUACGAUCCGCAUCAACGGCCGUCUCAACGUUUGCAUCACGUUCACAUCAGUUUACACGGUUUACAUCCCCACUUGGAACGAUCCGGAACACAUGACAUGAUGCCACUGUCGUCUUUGGCUUUCCCAGACGUAGUAUUGCAACAAGCAAUCAGACAACAAGCUGCUCGAUUGGAUAAUUAUAUGCGUAUUGUUGAUUUACGACGUAUGGCUCAAAUAAGUUGUGGGGCUACGCAGGAGUCUAUUGAGAGCCACACAUUCCCUCAUAAGUAUAAACGGGUAAAAAAGGUCGAAAAUGGGGAUGAUGCUACAGAAAAAUGUACAAUAUGUUUAUCUGAAUUUGAAGAUUGUGAAAAUGUCAGGAGGCUUCCAUGUAUGCAUUUAUUUCAUAUUGAUUGCGUUGAUCAAUGGCUAUGCACCAAUAAACGUUGUCCUAUAUGUCGAGUGGAUAUCGAAACUUUCCUCCAUAAGGAGCUUACUACUUCGGCAUAGUUUAAGGUUUCUCAUAUCUGCCUCUUUUUAAAAUGUAAUCAGGUAACAUCUAUAUGAUAUCAAAUAUUUCAAGAUGGUCCAUCCAGGAGGAAAUAUACUGGGUUACCACUAUUAUGGAUUAAUGGUGUAAAAAUGUUAUGGAUAAUCAAAAUAAUAACGAAGCAUGAACUGAAACACAGUUCCUCAAGACAAAAACAGUUGUCACCGUUCGAUUUUAUGGUAGAUCUAUAAUGAUGGUUUUAUGCAUAUUGAUAAUAAUAAUUACUGAAGACUAAAUUUGUUUAUGGUACAUUAUUGAUUUGUUAUUAUUCCUAAUUUCUACAUUUGUUAUAUAAUUAUAUAAAGUGAAAAAUCUAUAACACAAGAACAUUUUGAAAUC